AUGAUUGUUACUCCUUUAGUACCUCCACAAAUUCCUGAUUAUGCUAAGAGGAUCAAGUACUAUCUUGGAGAGGUAAUUGAUCUUGAUGAUGAAGAAGAUCAGGAAAGGUUUGUUAAGCCUAUAAAGAAGGACCAUCCAAAAAAAUUAAAGGAUUCAGGGAGUUUGACUCUUCCUUGUGUUAUUAAUGAUGUGGAUAUAGGGAGAGUCAUGAUCGAUUCAGGAUCAAGUGUUAACUUGAUGCCCUUUAGUGAUUUGAAGAAGAUAGGAGGGCUAAUAUUAAAACCAGUUAAUACUACCCUGACAGUUGCGGAUGGGUAUAUUAAGAGGCCAGUUGGUAUGGUGGAAGAUGCAAAUGUUCGAAUUGAGGAGUUGGAGUUCUUGAUUGACUUUCUAGUCGUGGACAUGAUAAUUGAGGAGAAGAAGGUAGACAAAUGA